AUGGAUAACAAGUCGAGUACCGGAAACACUUCAGGAUCCGCCGAUUCAAGUGCGGCGGUGUUUAUGGUGGAUAUACUACAAAAAUUUGGGGGACCAGAAAAGGCGAUGGAGGCAUUUGCCAUGUUCGCGGCGGUAAUGGGGAAAUCUGCACCAGCCGUUUCUACAUCUGCCGUAUCACAACCGGGAACUUCAGGGGUUUCAACACCCAAACCGGUAGCUACCGCAGAACCCACCACCGCUGUACCAGAAGAAGCCGUCACUGAAUUUACAGAGGGGGAAACCCCUGUUUUGAUGGAGUUGGUCGAGGGGGAAACCCCUGUUGUUGGUUGCGAUGUUCCAACGGGCGGCGAAGCCCUAACUUCUGAAAGACAAUCGGCGGGGGAAACCCCAGAAGUGGUUGAGGGCACCGAAGCCCAAUUUGUUACGGGAAGUCCGGGUGGGGUAGAGACCCCUGUUUACAUCGAGGGGGCAACCCCAUUGAUUGGGAAGGAAGACGACCUCACGUCUGGUGAGGCACAGGAACCCGUCGACGAUGGGAUGACUCUAAUGGUGGAUCUGACUGAUGUCCCUGAUGGGACCGAUUCACCGGUAAACGCAAGGGAAGCAAUGAGGCAGGCUCGUCGGAGUCUGCGUGAUGAGAUAGAUGAAACCGUCCAGCAGACGGAGGAGGACAUGCUGGGUCGAGGGGCCGCAGCACCUGAGCAGACAGAUUCUCCCAGACCUGACGAUGGGGAGAACGACGAGGAGGAGCGCAGACGCGCGGUCGAGAGGAAGAGGAAGGGGAAGCAGAUCGCUCCUUCCUCAACCAAGAAAGCAAGAGGGAAGUCCGCCGACCAUUCUCCCUCUCCACCUGCUAAAAUAUCGUCCGAUGCCGAGUCGGAAAGCCCUAAUGAGUCCAGUGACUCCGAGGAAGAUCAAGGAGUGGAGCUCAAUUUUGAGCCGAAAGAAAUCUGGAUAACUAAGGAACUGCUGAAUGCGAUGGGGAAGUUUGAUGACCCAAAACGUACAGCGGUAUAUGCAGAGAAGAGUACCGUGGGGAAACAUGCCAAAUCGGGAAAGAAGUACGAUUCAGCAGAGCUUAAGGGGAUCUCAAGCAAUGACGAGUUUCGGGGAUAUAUAGAGGCAAUCGGCUUUGACUGGUUGCUAAAGCAUAGCACCCUUGAGGUUCCGAUAGACGUGGCAUGA